AUGGUAACCUUGAAUGAGGUUUGGCACGUUCCCGGAGCAAGGGCGAACUUGUUGGCGAUGUGGAAAGCAAAUGACGCGGGAGCAAGGGUUUGCUUUGAGAGAGGAGUAGCCCGGUUCGAGAAGGGAGUUGUAGUCCGCAUGGAGGCCGUGCAACGCGACGCGUUGUGGGAGAUUGCAACGGUGAAAAAGGGAAGAGCGUUCUUGGCGGUCAAAAGGCCGGCCAACGUGGGUGGGAGGACUGGAGAGGCGGCAAGGAAGCCGCCCGUAGUUGCGGAGAGAAAGCGGGUGGAGGUGAAGCCGGUCAAGUUCAUUGAGGUUGACCUUGAGUUGGACGAUGAGUCGGACGAUGGGUUGAAACAGACCCAAUCGGUGGAUGUGAGCGUCGGGGAAUCGGAGGCCCCCACGAAAAUGGUGACGGAGGUGCGCGGCGCAACGAAAGCCGUGGAAGCGCGUGUAGCGGAGGCCGUGGGAGCAACCGUAGCAAAAGUCGUGGGAGCACACAUGGUUGGGGAGGUUGUUUUUUUCAUGGAGAGCGUGUUUGCUCGGUUGGAGUUGCAAUCCGAGAAGAAGGUCAAGUCGGUGCAGACGGACCGAAGUGGGGAGUACGUCAACGAGGGUUUGACGGCCCUCCUCGGCAAUGGAGGGACGGUGCAAUGGACCAACGUGGGGGACUCUCCCGAACAAAGCGGUUCAGUGGAGCCUUUGAAUCGGGCGCUCGAGGAAAGGGGGCGGGCUUUGCUAGAAGGCGCCAAGUUGGAUCCGAAGUUGUGGGCGGAAGCGAUAAUUAUUGCUAACUACACGCGGAACCGGGUGCCCUCAAGCGUGCCCGGCAAGACCCCGUGA